AUGGCCCUCAUCGCUUCUUCUGGAACCUUACUUGGAAACUGCAAACCUUGCCAAAAAAUUAAGAUUUUUUGUUGGCGUCUGGGGCACGACAUUUUGCCUACUUACGAGAAUAUCUCUAGAAUCCGGAGGGACUUAAACAGCAUGUGUCCGAGAUACGGUAUUGAGAGGGAAACCCUCAUUCAUGCUUUGAGAGAUUGUCUUAGUGCUAGGGUUGUGUUGCGCUAUGGGGGGUUGAAUCAAAAGCUGCUCGAGGGCACCUACGAUCGGUGCAUGGACUGGGUUGAGGAUGCUGCCCGUGUGUUGGAUAAGAAGGCUAUGUCGGGCUUUAUUGCCACUCUCUGGAAUAUUUGGAAUAGUAGGAACAACAAAGUUUUUCGUAACAUGGAGGAGGAUGCCAAGGUGAUUUGGGACAAGGCCGCGGCUUUGAAUAGGGACUUCCGUAUUUUUAAUCUGUUGGAUAGGCCGAUGAUCCCUAAGCCUAUAGUGGAAAGGGAUUGGCAGAAACCUGAGGCAGGGUUUAUCAAGAUAAACUUCGAUGCUACUAUUCAGGAGAGGUUGGUGUGCUUCGGUCUGGUGGCUAGGGAUGCUGAUGGUUUCGUUCACGGGGGACGUGUGGGCAUGACUUACAAAGUCUAG